GCAUUGUCGUGUAAAUUCCCGGUGUGAGAGUGUAAGGUGUGAGUGUGUGUUCCUGUCUGCAGUGCUGGAUAACUGUCAUGGGUGGGGGCUUUGAAGGCUCUUAUUGACAUAACAUUUGCAGUGUGCUGCAGUUCCCAAGGAGAGGAAAAAGGGAGCAGUGAAAAAUAUGAGAAUGCCCCCCUCAUCUCUUCCACACGCACACACAUACACACACACACGCCCUCCCUCUCUCCUGGGCUAUUUUCGACCUGCACCAUCACACUGUCAGCUGGGCCGUGAGUACAAAUGCAAACCUCCAGGACAGGACCAACACACACACACACCCCGAUGCAAGAAAGUAGAGGCAGAGAUAGAGAGUUGAGAAAUUGGACUAAAUACAGAUCCCACAGAGUACGACAGCAAGCUGUAAACAGAGACAGAUCAUGCACACACCUCUGCAGAGGGCCGGCUAAAGAGACUAAACAGACUAAACAGAAGUUUUCCCCAUCUGGGUGAGUAUUGAAGAUGACAGACUCUGCCACUGAGGAUGAGAAGGAUCCGGAUAUUGAGUUGUUUGUCAAGGCGGGGAGCAAUGGGGAGAGUAUAGGCAACUGUCCGUUCUCCCAACGUCUCUUCAUGAUCCUCUGGCUGAAGGGAGUGGUCUUCAACGUCACCACUGUGGACCUCAAGAGGAAGCCAGCUGACCUCCAUAACCUGGCACCAGGGACACACCCUCCCUUCCUCACCUUUGAUGGAGAGGUCCGCACGGACGUCAACAAGAUAGAGGAAUACCUGGAGGAGAUGCUGGCCCCACCCAGAUAUCCUAAACUGGCAGCAAAGCAGCGAGAGUCAAACACAGCUGGAAACGACAUAUUCGCCAAGUUCUCAGCCUACGUCAAAAACACCAAACCACAGAACAAUGCAGUGUUAGAGAGGAGUCUCAACAAGGCUCUUAGCAAGCUGGACGAGUACCUUGUCAGCCCCCUCCCAGAGGAGCCCAGAGGAGGGCACGCGGGGGCCGGGGGGGGGUCCACCAGAAGGUACCUGGACGGAGACGAGCUCACGCUGGCUGACUGCAACCUGCUGCCCAAACUACACGUAGUCAAGGUGGUUGCUAAGCGAUACCGAAACUAUGAGAUUCCCUCUGAGUUGCGAGGGGUGUGGCGUUACCUAGGCAACGCGUACAGCCGAGACGAGUUCACCAACACCUGUGCAGCGGACGCUGAGAUCGAGUUGGCCUAUCAAGAUGUGGCCAAAAGGCUGGGAAAGUGAGAGAGCGUUCAAUAUGAGUCACCAAUCAUUGAGAAGACCGAGGUUGAGAUCCCCUACUUAUUUUCUCCAGUGCUUUGCGGUCCUUUUUGUAUCGAUUUUGACGAGUGAAGAAACAACAGUCAGGCCUAAUUCACCUUCCUUGAAGUAGACAGUAUUAAAUACUACUCAGUUUUAAAGCAAUGGAACUUUUACUCUUUUAUACAGACGUUCCGCGACCUGCUCCUGUCUAACAAACCAACAACUUCAAAGUUGUAUUGUAUAAAGUAAAGGCUGCAAAAAUGAAUUGUGCUCCAUAAAAUGUUGACUAUACUUUACCAUGAAACAGUCAGCUUUAAUAAUCCUUUUAAAAAGAGUGUUUGAUGAUAGCCAUAUUGCUAACUGUUGGUAUUGCGUCAGUAGCUUCAGGCAUUGAAAACAGCAUUGUCGUUGUUGAUGUUGGACAAAAGAUAAGUUGCCAAAGCCGGUGUUAAACAAAAUCGGAGUAGACGCCAGGAUGUUGGCCAGGAGGUAGGCCUAGGCUACUUGAUUAAAAUAGAUUGUAUUUAUGAUUUGUAAAAAAUCUGUCAGUACAUCCCAAGGACGUCAUGUACAAAUAUGAAUUAGACUGCAUGUAGGGCUAUCUUGUUUUAGGCAUUCAGAUUAAUAUGCGUACGUGAUGUCUUUAUAGUAUGGCAUCAAGAUACAAAUAUUUCCUAAUAGCCCUCUAGUUUGAAAGCUUUAACACAAUUUCAAAUAAAUGGGCCUUCACAAAGAAAUGACUUCGUUUAUAAGAAGAGCAUGAGAUGCUUUAGAGAUGUCAGAGAAUGAAUGGGUAUUUCAUGUUUAAAGGUAAUUGCUCUUGUGCUAAUUUGUCUGAGAACAGAUUCAAAGUUUGUUCACGGUGUUGAUCAGUAUAUACUUGCUCCUAUUUAUUAAAUAA